GAGGGGAAGGAGGAGAGAAGAUUCCCCAGGGGAGAGUGAGGAUGAGGAUGAGGAGGGGGAAGGAGCAGAAAGGCGGAACCCAAACACUGGGCUGCACUGAUUCUCAUGUACUGAGAUACACAGACCUCACUGUAUCCUACUGAUACACACACAGUGAUACACACACAUUAGUACAGACAAACACAGUGAUACAGUGACACACUCAUUGGCUGACCCUGAAUAUGUGACAGUUGCUGCUGACACUGAAGAGAAGGGGAUGAGGAUGGAGUCUGUGAGUAGAGUUUAGGCUCCUCUUGUUCUGAUAUCAGAAGAUCGGGCCCCUGGUUCUGUGGCCCCUGCGUGUAGCAGCUGGAUAUCGGGCCCCUGGGCAGUGAGAAGAUGUUUGCGUUUUACUCACUGCUGGUUUAUAUCAUCUGCACCUUCCUCAGGCGCCAGCAGCCCCCGGCCGGGGACAUUCAGCACCAGGGACAGCACCCGGAUGACAGCACAGGGAAUAACAAAAAGAAACAGUCCAUUAAGGCCACACAUACAGAUCUCUGCCGUGAUCUUGAUGACCUGGAGAGCAGCUCUGACAGUGAUGGGGUCUCUAAUUCUGAGACUGAGGAGGAUGAUGAUCCAGAAAGGAGAUGCCUCUUACUGCAAGACAUCAGCUCCCCUCUAACUGAGUUCUUAGCCUUCAAGCAGGAAGCAGCCAUGGGGAGAACUUCUACUGGAGCCGAAGCAUCUGGCAAGCCACCAUCCCCGCUCCUUGUGGUAAUGUCACACCUCAUCACUUUCUUGGAACACUACUCCCAAAUGCAGCGGCUCCAGGGGAAGGCACAAGAGUACAGGAACCAACUGAGGCAGGAGGAAAGGAGGCGCAGAAAGCAGCUACGAACCCUGCGUGGGGCCUACAGACAACGCAUGAGAGACAAGCUGAGUCUAAUUGGGAGCCUGGAGAUAGUGAUUAAUGAACAACAGGGCCUCUUGGAGAGGCUGCAGAGUGGCGCUGUCAGCCAAGUGCUCACUGUGUUCCCUCCAUCCCCUGUGGGGGUACACAAACUAGUGGAGUCUAUCAGUGACAUGCAAGGGGAGAGGGCCCAACUGAGAGAAGAGAUUGGAGGACUGAAGCAGGACAUCGAAGAGAAGGAGAGGGAGAAAGAGAACCUUUCCUGCACACUCCAACAACAGAUAGACGAGUUGAAAGGAGGGAUUCAGCAGAGAGAAGAAGAACUGUCCCAGCUCAGAAUGGAAAUGGGAGUCACUGACUCUGAGAAGCGAAUCCAGAACCUGUCUGUGGAAAAUGAAAAUCUGAAACAGAAUCUGAGCGUAACCCAAGGGCUCCUGGAGAGGAUGGCGACUGUCACCGCACAGCCCCCUGCUCAUUUAAUUAAGGAGAACGAAGACUUGCGCAAUAAGGUGCAACACUUGGAGAGCUCCCUCCAGCAGAAGGUGGAGCAGUUGGUGCUCACAAAAGGGCAGGUGGACACCCUGCGCUGGUGUAAGGAGGAGGAGAUACGGCAUAUGGAUGAGAAAAUCCAGGGACUGCAGCUUUCCUUGGAAAAUGAAAGAAAGAAACCUCCACAUGUAGAGUAUGUGACAAAGACACUGGAGAUUGAGUCUCCUACCAUGCUGCGCUCCUUGAUGGAGGCUGAGGAAAGAAACCGUGUGCUCUCCAGUCAAAUUUCUUGCCAGGGAGAGAAGUGCCAAAAACUGGAAGAUCGUCUCAAAGAAUCAGAAGAUCUGAGCACUAACCUCAGGGUUAAGAUUUCAUCUUACGAAACAGAGAUUGAAAAGCUCAAGCAUGAACUGAUGGAGGAGAUUCACCAUCUUGAAUCAAAGAAGGAAGAGGCCAUCAAAGAAGCAUCGGAAUGUUCUGAGCAACAUCUUGACCACCUGAGGGAACAGCUGGCAGGGGUACAGAGCCGAUUGGCCUCCUUACAGCCCGUUCUGAAGAAUAUGAAGACAAACUACAACAGCCUGAGAAGCCAAGUCAAGAACUUCUCUCAGUUUUAUGAAAUUUCCAUCAGGGAAGCCAAAAAGCAGAUCUGUAGUGCAAUCACAGAGGUGUCAGAUUCCAAUAAAGACCUUUUGGCCAAAUAUCAGAGAGAGGUGCAACUCCGCAAGAAAUACCACAAUCAACUGGUGGAGCUAAAGGGGAACAUCCGUGUCCUGUGCAGGGUGAGGCCCCACGGGCAGAAUAAUGACGAGGAAGGGUCCAUCUCCUCUCCCAUAACCAUCAAUAUGAAUGAUGAUACCAGGCUCUCCGUGUUUUAUAAAGGGAAAGAAAAAGACUUUGAACUGGAUAAAGUCUUCCUUCCUCAGUCCAAACAGGAGGAGGUUUUCCAGGAGAUUGAGCCAAUGGUCAUGUCCUGCAUCAAUGGCUACAAUGUUUGUAUCUUUGCCUAUGGGCAGACUGGCUCUGGGAAGACUUACACAAUGGAGGGAACCACAGAAAAUCCAGGCAUUAACCAGCGAGCCAUGCAGGCCCUGUACAAGGAAAUGGAGGCCCGGAAAGGCUUGUGGCACUACACCGUGAGCCUCAGCAUGGUGGAGAUUUAUAAUGAGGUGAUCAGGGAUCUACUUUCCAAAGAUCCACAAGAGAAGCUGGACAUCAAGCUAAACCCAGAUGGAAGUGGUCAGCUUCAUGUGCCUGGUCUGACCAGUACAGAAGUCAACAGCUUCCGGCACAUCAAGAAGCUGCUGACCCUUGGUAAGAAGAACAGAGCCACGUUCUGCACAAACAUGAAUGAGAGAAGCUCGCGCUCCCACGCAUUACUGACUAUUAACGUCAGCGGAAAAGACCUCACCACUGGCACCGUGACCACAGGGAAACUGAACUUGGUGGACUUGGCUGGUUCUGAGCGUGUGUGUAAGUCUGGAGCAGAGGGAGAGAGGCUGAAGGAGGCACAGAAUAUCAACAAGUCCCUUUUGGCUCUAGGGGAGGUGAUCCAGGCACUGCGAGCCAAACAAGGGCAUAUACCCUUCAGGAACUCCAAGCUCACCUACCUGCUGCAGGACUCCCUGGGCAAGGGCAACAAGACAGUGAUGAUGGUGCAGGUAUCACCAUUGGAAGGGAACGUUGGUGAGACUGUAUGUUCACUAAAGUUCGCCCAGAGGGUGUGCAAGGUGGAGCUUGGCCCAGCAUCACGGCGGAUAGACUCCGGGGCCAUCAAGGCCGACAUGUAGCCAAGUCGUGGCAUUGAGAGCCCAGCAUUGCAUUGACCUCCUGCUGGGGCCCCGUACUACAGAUACUCAACUGGCAUUGCUACUGUUCAACUGACACUUUACAAAACCUUCCAAAAACUGUAUUUUAAAGCCAAACUAGCCUGAAUAUAUAUAUAUAUAUAGUACAGUAUUAACGCCUUAAAUGCCAAUACAUGCUUAAGAGAACUGCAUGGCAUCAGCAUUUACAGUGCCAUUUACACCGGAGACGCAACUGGAGGAAUGUACCAACACAAACAGGGCAGGCAGCUUCAUUAAAGGGCUUCUUCACCUUUAAAUUAACUUUUAGCAUGACAUAGACAUUUAUAUUCCGAAACAAUUGGAAGUUUUAGUUUAGUUUUGCAGUCAUUUAUCUUUUUGUUCGGCAGCUCUCCAGUUUGGAAUGUCAGCAGCCACCUGGUUGCUAGGGUCUUGUUUCCCUUAGUAACCAGGCAGUGGUUUUUAAGAAGAAACUGGGAUGAGAACAGGAGAUAAGAAAAACAUUUAAAUGGUCAGAUCAAUUUUUGGCUGCCAAACAAAUAAUUGAAAAAUGUGCAAAAUAAACGAUGAAGACCAAAUGCAAAGUUGCUAGGGAUAGGACAUUCUAUAACAUGUUAAUUUAAAGUUGAACCACCCCUUUAAAUCCCAUGCUGAGAGCACAGGAGAGAAGCAGCUUCUUGUUAACCAUUUCAGUGCUGUGAAAGCGUGGUGCUAUAAUAACCCUUUGGGUGCUGGGUGCAUGCAAUAAAUAACCCUUUGCGUCCCGGUUCUCUCCUGGACAGGUUAAGAGAGGCUUUCGAGAGCUAUUUGUGCCACGGAGCAUGGAGGCCGUACCAGUCAUGGCGACAUCAACUGUUUGACCUUUAAAAAGCCAGAAGCCCAACGUAAAGCCAACUGCCUGUCUGAAGAACCUGGUUGAGGCUCAUGGUGCCAACACCUUUCCCAUUUGUCCCUUCAUUUACUAAGCAGAACUUUAUGGUAUUGGGAGGCGCAGAUGUGGCCAGUAGGAAUCCAGAUUGUUCCGUGAUACUACAGCUUGUGUACAGUGACUGUGUGUUUGUACAAGACUUUACACUAGAACCUGAGACUAAUGUCCAUUGUGUGUCCGGCAUCACAGUUGGCCACGGGGGCUCCAUAGAGUAGGACCCAAUCUGCCCCAACCCCUGUGUUCUUCUUAUGUUCCCCCCUAUAGGGAGCCCCUCAUUCUAGGCGUCCCUUGUAUUUGAUACUGAAUAGCUUUCCUUAGCAAAAACUGCAUUCAAUAAAACUGUGCCGUAAUUCUGU